AUGGCUCCCACAACGAUACGAUGGGGCAUAUUGGGCAAGUGCUGCUGGAUCCUGGUUCGGACUACCGGAGGUAUUGCCAUAACGUUCACCAAAGACCUUCUGGUUGAUCCCGCAACGCGCGACGUGCACGAUAUCCGACACACCGUUGUCGCUGCGGCCAGUAGUUCUAGCGCUUCCCGCGCACAAGAGUUCCUGAAAGAGGUCAAGGCCCCGUCCACCGCUCAGGCGUAUGGCUCAUACGAGGAGCUGGUGCAAAACCCAGAAAUCGACAUUGUCUACAUCGCUACGCCUCAUUCCCACCACUACCAGAACGCACUGCUCUGCCUCGAAGCUGGCAAGAAUGUCCUCUGCGAAAAGGCCUUUACCGUCAACGCUGCCCAAGCAAAGAUACUUGUCCAAAAGGCGCGAGAGAAAAACCUGUUCCUGAUGGAGGCCGUGUGGACCCGCUAUUUUCCCCUCUCUGUUUAUGUACGCGAGGCAAUCAGCUCGGGGAAAUUGGGUCAGGUAGUGAGGGUAUCUGCCGACAAUUCUCGUGCUUCUGAUCCAGAGAAGACUUGGCCCGACGGCAAACACAGGAUGGUGAAUCCAGAAUUGGCGGGCGGCGCUCUUCUGGACCUGGGGAUUUACAGUCUUACGUGGGUCUUUCAGACUUUGUACACCACGCAAGCGCCCGAAAGCCGCCAAUCACCAAAGGUCGUGUCCAGCAUGGUGAAGUAUCCACCAACAGGCGUUGACGAGACGACCACCAUCCUGCUCACGUUCCCUCGCGACCCCGAGCAAGGAGGCGACAUGCACGCUGUUGCCACCACGGGUAUGCGCACGUCAAGCAACACCGAUGGAAAGGGCACGUCCGGUCCUGCGGUCCGGAUCCAAGGCACGAAGGGAGAAAUGCAAGUCUGGCCACCAGCAUUUCGGCCAACCAAGACAAGGCUGAUACUCAUGGAUGGCACCACAGAGGACAAGGAUUGGUCGCAACCUGGACCAGGGAAAGGGAGCGGGUGGUUCAACGGCUUUGGAAAUACAAUGAAUGCAGAGGGCGAGGGUCAUGGUAUGUUUUGGGAGGCAGAUGAAGCGGGGAGAGCGAUAGUGGAGGGGCGCAAAGAGGGCAAAUAUGAGAGCUUGGACGAGAGUGUGUUGAUUAUGGAGGUGAUGGAUGAGGUGAGACGACAACACGGCUUCAGAUAUCCCGAGAAGAUUGAGACGACCGAAAGAGUCGAACUGUGA